AUGCUAAAGUCCUCGGGUGAGAAAUCCCGCUCCCGUGGAUCAUGGACAAUAUCAUAUGCAUAUUCUAGGUACCUGCAUUUAAAGCAGAACUUCCUGGAUCAAAUUCCGUACGGGGCGAUCUCGUCGUUGAAGCAGUUGGCGGUUCUUGACCUGGAGAGCAACAACAUCACGGAGCUGCAGCGGUACGCGGACGCCACGUUCAGCCAAAACAUUACCCUGAAUCUGAGCAGCAACAGAAUCACUGCCCUUCCGGCCGGCUGUCUGUCGCCCUAUAUGCGCAUCGUGGCUUUGGAUUUGUCCUACAACCAGAUAGGAACCCUGCAUACGAACUUUUUGGAUGGCGUUCAGUCGAUGCAGUCACUCGAUCUGUCUUACAACCGGCUGCAGUUUAUCCCGGUCAAUUCCCUGUUCGGCGUGGCCGAUUCUCUGAAACACCUCAAUCUGGAGGAGAAUCAGUUGACCACGCUGCCAGAAGCGCUGAUGGCUUUGAAAGUGCUUGAGUCGCUGAACCUCAAGUGGAACAAGCUGAUAACGCCGCAUAAGGAUAUCCUCGCCGGCCUGAAGUUUAGCAUGAAGGAGUUGUCGCUGAGUCACAACUACCUCGACAAGAUCCCUACCGAGCUGUUGGAAGGUUUCAAGAGCAUAGAGACACUCGAUCUGUCAAAGAAUCAUAUUACCACGUUGAAAAAGCUGGCAUUCGGUAAAUUCGACGGCAUCGGAGCUAACCUCGUUAAGCUGAACCUGGCUGGCAACAAAAUUCAGUCUUUGUCAGAGCCGGGAGCUUUUCUAUACAUGUCUGGCUUGGUGUACCUGGACCUCUCGUACAAUUGCAUCAACUACGUGGCCCCGGACUUUUUUAACUUGUUGCCCGGGCUAGAGAGCCUGUCGCUGCAGAACAACCGGAUAUCGACUAUACCAUCGCAGACACUCGUCGCCCUCACGAAACUGCGCUACCUGAUUCUGGACGGUAACGAGAUAGAUACCUUCACCCCCAGUUCUUUCCUGCACAUGCAAAAUCUCGAACGACUGAGUGCCAGCCAUAACAACAUCGUUGCCGUGUCGUACAACGUUUUCCCGGGCAAUCACUUGUUGAAGCUUAGAUCGAUUAAUCUUGCCUUCAACAUGAUCCACUCCUUGUAUACCAGGUCGUUCAGCGAUCUGAAUGCCCUGGAAGUGGCCGAUCUCAGGAACAACUUUAUUACCGUCCUCCAUGUCCACACUUUCAUAAAUUUACCCUCUCUUCGCUUCGUGUAUCUGGAUCGCAACAGGAUCAGCACUACUAGCGAAGAAACGUUUGUUAACAUUCCGCGGCUGGAGUUGCUGUCGUUGAAGCACAACCGUAUUUCCUCGUUGCCUCAACGGUUCCUCAUAGAUGUAUCGAAUUUAAAGUCGGUCGAUCUGAGUUACAACAACUUGAGAAAUUUCGAUGCCACUUUUCUGUCAGGUGCCACAUCACUGCAAUUUCUCGAUUUGUCGUACAACAACCUCGGGGAUAUCGACUUGGCUGUGAUAAAGCAUUCUAUCGUACAUAUUUGUUUAAGCCACAAUCGCAUUGCUAGCCUUAAGGAAAAGAAUUUUGGCGAAUUCCCGUCGCUAACUUAUUUGGACCUCAGUCAUAACCGCAUCAUCAAAGUCCAUGCGACCUCGUUUUUAGCCAGUCCAAAUUUGAACAAGAUUUUUUUGUCGUACAAUAAUGUGACCACUGUUUCCAAAAAUACUUUUGCAACUCAGAAGAACUUCGCCUGUCUCGAUCUGAGCCACAAUCUGAUUGAAGAACUGGAUAUGGCAGUAUUUGGGGAGAACAACGUGAUGGCGCUGAAUCUGUCAUUCAACAACUUCCGGGCAGUGCCUUACGCGAUGCUACACAACGUGCAAAAAAGUCUUGGAGCACUGGACCUUGGCAACAAUCGAAUUGCCACUUUGGAAUCGAACUUUUUCGACGGACUUCGAAAUCUGACUCACAUGUGCCUCCGUUCAAAUGCAAUUCAGAAAGUAUCCGAGUCAGCUUUCAAGGGUCUUCACAAGCUGCGAUCGCUAGACCUGAGUCACAAUCCUGUUAACGAGUGGAAUCCGAACUCGUUCCGAGACAUAGGCCAUUCGGUUGAGGCGAUCGAUCUGGCUAACACUGGUCUGUUUACGGUGCCAAAGCUUGGAGGUCGAGCCAUUAAAAUGCUCAACCUCUCCCUGAACCAUAUUUUCAUGCUCAAUGCCGAUGAUCUGCCAAGCUUCCAGAAGCUGGAAAAUCUGGAUGUCAGUUACAACCAGCUAAGGUUUCUGUCGCACGACGUCCUGGGUCGUCUGAUGAACCUCAAAUCUCUGAACGUCAGUCAUAACCCGCUGCAAAAAGUGACUGCCAAUCAGUUCGACGGGCUUCGAAAAUUGGAAACGCUCGAGAUGCACCACAUGCCGGACUUGAACCAGGUUGACGUGACCGCCUUUCGGUCAUUUCGGAACCUCAAGGAACUGAAGCUAUUCCGACUGUCCGAGAUGCAACAUUCGAUCGAUGUCCAGCGGCUGCUGGCUCUGCUGCCGCCGUUGAAAACCCUACACAUCGAGGUGACGAACGAGAGCGUCGACCAGCAGUUCUGCAAUUUUGAUGCUCGUUUCCUUCGAGACCUGCGUGUCGAGGGCAGACAAAUUAAGCGACUGGCUACCGACGCGUUCCGCAACCUCCGCGGCUAUAAGAUGCACCUGUCACUUGCCAACACGAAGGUCAGCCGUUUCCCCGCUCAGGUGUUUUCGUUGCUGAACCACAUUACGUUCUUGGAACUCGAUCUGUCGGACAACUAUCUGGAAACGCUUCAGCCGUUCCUGUUUUCCACGCCACCGUUGGUCAACGGCCACGGAACCAUGCUUGUACGCCUGAAUGUGGCCGGAAAUCCGUUGCUUUGCGAUUGCCGGCUAAAUUGGGUCAAGCCGUGGUUCGAGCACCUUCGCAUGCUGCUCUCCUCGGAAGAAUUUGAUGCGCAAGAGAGAGCGUUCAACGACACCGUGUGCCAUUCCGUCUCGAACUCCAGAAACAUUCCGCUGUUCAAAUAUAUUCAGUCAAUGCGCUGCCUCGCUCUCCGCGGAUAUGUGACUCCCGCGCUAUUGUUUACCUGUAUACUUCGAGCGCUUUUGUCUCAUUUUGAAUAA